UAUGAAGUGAACCCAGGUCAUUACACCAUACGAACCGACGCUCUCUUCCAAUGGAUAUUUCUGGCCAUUUCUCCGAUCCACAAUCAUUUGACACCAGGCAAGAAUCAUCAUUACUGUCAGAUGCCAGCAGUACUGGUGGUAAAGCUCACUCAGAUGAAGAAGUGUUACUAGCAACUAGUCGUCCCAAGAGGCGCUCUGGGAGAAGAAUAUUCAGCGAGACUCGCCACCCUGUUUUUAGGGGAGUGAGGAAGAGAAACGGUAAUAGGUGGGUUUGUGAGCUGCGAGAACCCAACAAGAAGUCCCGUUUAUGGCUUGGUACUUACCCUACGCCCGAAAUGGCAGCCACGGCACACGAUGUAGCGGCAUUGGCGCUUAGAGGCAAGUCUGCUUGUCUAAAUUUUGCUGACUCUGCAUGGAGGCUGCCUGUGCCUGCUUCUCGAGAUGCUAGGGAGAUUAGGAGGGCUGCCAAGGAGGCUGCAGAGUUGUUUCCGACUCCAGAAUUUCAAGGCGAUGAUCUGAUUACAGUAAAACGUAGUAGCGUCAUCGAGGAUUCGAGUGAAGCUAGUAGGGAUGCCUUGUAUAUUGAUGAAGAUGAGGUAUUUAACAUGCCAAGGUUAUUGGUGGACAUGGCACAAGGUCUUCUACUCUCUCCUCCCCAUUUUGAAGCGGAUGGUACUGAGUGGAAUUCCUUGGAAACUGACGUUGACAUUUCAUUGUGGAGUUACUAAUUUUUUUCCAAUGAUUAGUAAUAUAGCAUUAUCGAAUACAUUUUUUUUUUUAUUUUUUCUUUUAUAGGUACAGCAAAGGUAGUCAUACAAUACCGUUUGUUGUAUAUAUUUUUUUCAAAUACGCAAACGGUAGUCAUACUAA